GAUAGAUACUCCAAAGUUGCUCGAAAAACUCCCUAUUAUCGAUAGUAACAUCGAAUACUAGCUCUGACUCCCAACUUCUUUGGUAUCCAGAAACCGCAUUGCAAGAUCCUGCUGCAUCCGCCGGCAUCACUUGAGACUAGACACCGACAACAAUGUCCACAUCGACUUCGAAACCUUUCGGCGGGGGCUUGACAGGGGAUCGAUAUACCGCUCCGAACCCUGCUUUAAGACUACCUGCAGCAGACCGGUCCAAAGAUGCAUCGUCAUCCUCACCAUCGUCCUCGUCGUCUGCGGGAGGGACGAAACCCAAGGUCCCCCUGACUACGCAUCUGAUAGCUGGAGGAAUCGCUGGGUUGGCAGAAUCGUGUGUAUGUCAUCCGCUCGAUACGAUCAAGGUCCGGAUGCAGCUCUCGAAGAGCCGGAAAGCACGAGGACUCAAACCUCUAGGCCCGAUAGCCACUGCACAACAGAUCAUCGCCCGUGAAACCCCACUCGGGCUGUACAAAGGACUAGGCGCCGUCGUCUCCGGGAUCGUCCCCAAGAUGGCCAUUCGAUUUGCUAGUUUCGAAGCAUAUAAACAGGCUUUAGGAGGUCCGGAUGGGAAACUUCCAUCUUCGAGGGUAUUCCUCGCGGGAUUGUUGGCAGGCGCGACCGAGGCGGUGAUGGUCGUCUCCCCGAUGGAAGUCGUCAAGAUUAGACUGCAAGCGCAGCAUCAUUCGCUGGCCGAUCCGGAGGAUAUACCCAAGUACCGAAAUGCUGCGCAUUGCGCUUAUACGAUCGUCAAGGAGGAAGGUAUCAGAGCUCUCUAUCGAGGUGUCUCCCUGACCGCCUUGCGUCAAGCUACAAACCAAGGUGUAAACUUUACGGCAUACCAAGAAUUUAAACGGCUGGCCAUCAAGUAUCAACCGGAGUACAAGGACGUCGAAUUGCCUUCCUGGCAGACGAUGAUCCUCGGUUUGGUAUCGGGAGCCAUGGGACCGUUUUCGAACGCUCCGAUCGAUACUAUCAAGACACGGAUUCAACGAGCCUCCCAUACUCCAGGAGAGACCGCCUUCGGUCGCUUCAAGACCGUCACGACCGACAUGUUCGUGCAAGAAGGGCCCAAGGCGUUUUACAAGGGUAUCCUACCUCGUGUGAUGAGGGUCGCUCCGGGACAAGCUAUAGUCUUCACUGUCGUAAGUUCAAGACGAUCAUAUUGCGAGGGAUAUUCUUCCCCCUGGCUACCGUGCUAAAGUGCUUUAUCCCAUCCUCACGCGAAAUCGGAGUAACAGUAUGAAAAGGUCAAAGCGGUGAUGGAUUCUUUCUCUGCGCAUGACGUCCACGAGUUUGAUGAUUAGCCAACUUCUCAUUGAAGAAUGAUAAUAUGAGAAAAAGUUGUACAAGCUCGGUAUGCAAUGAAUGCCGAGAAUCGAAGAGUUUCAAGGUACCAUUCUUGUUGAACUUUCCGCCCUUGGCCAACUUGUUUCUCGGCCUGGUAGAGUGCGAAGGGUUCCAAGAUGGAUGGUUCUAGCAUUGUGAAAC